AUGUCAAGCUUCCCUGUGAAAAGGAAAAGGGGUAGAGUGAAUUUGUCUUGGGCCAAAACAGAUUGCAAGGCCUGCAUGCAUGUCAAGAGAAGGCAAGAUGGUAAAUGGAUUGUCUCUAGUUUCAUAAAGGAUCAUAACCAUGAAAUUUUCCCUGACCAUGAGUGUUAUCUAGGAAAUAAUAAUAAUAAUAAUAAUUCUGAUGCAAUACAUGCUAUUAGGGAAAGAACCAGAAAGAUGUUUGCUACAAUGUCUAGGAGAUCUGGUGGGUGGAAGAAAGUUGAGAAUAUAAAAGAUAGAGGCAGCAAUGGAAGGCAUUUGGGUUUUGAUGAAGGUGAUCUUCAAGCUUUGCUUGACUAUUUUGUGUGUAUGCAAGAUGAGAAUCCUAACUUCUUUUACGCAAUAGAUUUUAAUGAGGAGCAGCAAUUGAGAAGUGUUUUCUGGGUUGAUGCUAAAGGUAGGCUUGAUUAUAGGCACUUCAGUGAUGUGGUUCUUUUCGACACCAUGCAUGUGAAAAAUGAAUAUAGGCUGCCCUUUAUUGCUUUUAUUGGUGUGAACCACCACUUUCAGUUCAUGUUGCUUGGGUUAGCCUUGGUGUCUGAUGAGUCUAGCUCAACGUAUAUGUGGCUGAUGCAGGCGUGGUUCAGGGCAAUGGGUGGACUUGCUCCAAAAGUGAUGCUUACUGACCAAGACAAUGCUCUGAAAGAAGCUGUUGCUCAAGUGCUUCCUGAUUCUUGUCAUUGUUAUUGUUUGUGGCAUGUGCUGAGUAAGAUUCCGGAGAAGCUUGGGCAUGUAUCACUGCAACAUGCAAACUUUAUGAUCAAAUUUAACAAGUGUGUUCUCAGGUCUGGGACAAGUGAACAGUUUGAGAAGAGAUGGUGGAAAAUGGUUGAGAGAUUCAAUUUAGGUGAUGACAAUUGGUUAUGCUCAAUUUAUGAGGACCGUGAACGAUGGAUACCGGCAUAUAUGAGGGACAUAUUUUUAGCAGGGAUGUCUACUAUGCAACGAUCAGAAAGUAUAAACUGUUUGUUGGACAAAUAUGUACAGAGGAAAACUACAUUGAAAGAGUUUUUAGAGCAAUACAAAGUGAUGUUAAGAGAUAAAUGUGAAGAGGAAGCAAAAGCAGAUUUUGAAACGUUGCAUAAACAACCUACGUUAAAAUCCCCAUCACCUUUUGGGAAACAAAUGGUAAAAUUAUACACACAUGCAAUAUUUAAGAAGUUCCAGAUUGAGGUGUUGGGAGUUGUUGCCUGUCAUCCAAGAAAAGAAAGUGAAGAUGGACCAACAAAAAUGUUUAGGGUUCAAGAUUUUGAAGACAAUCAAGAGUUCAUUGUCGUGUGGAAUGAAUCAAUGUUUGAUGCAUCGUGUUCCUGCUAUUCAUUUGAAUUCAAUGGCUUUCUUUGUAGGCAUGUAAUGAUUGUGCUACAAAUUUCUGGUAUACAUAACAUCCCGUCUCAGUAUAUAUUAAAACGUUGGACAAAAGAUGCCAAGAAUAGACAAACAGCAAGAGAGCUUUCAAGUGUGGUUCACUCUAGGGUUAAACGCUAUAAUAAUUUAUGUACACGAGCCUUUGAACUAGGUGAUGAAGGGUCUUUAUCACAUGAGAGUUACAUUUUUGCUGUAAAUGCACUGGAAGAAGCUUUGAGAAAGUGUGAGAGCCUGAAUGAUUCAAUUCAAAAUGUCAUAGAACCCAACUCGCCAAUUUUUGGUUCUCAAGAAGUGAUUCCGGGUAACAAUGCUGGUCAUAAAAGCAAAAAGAGUAGUACUUUCAAGAAAAGACAGGUAUGCCCAGAACCAGAGAUCAUUGCAAUAGGAAUCAAUUCCAGCUGGCAGCAAAUGGACCCCAAUACACGAGCAGCUGGCUUUGAUUGUUCAUAUGAAUCACAGCACAGCAUUCAAGAGAUGGAUCAGCUGAGCACUAGAACUCAGAACCUGGAUGGCUAUUAUGCUAAUCCACAAAUUGAUUCAGGACUGGGCCAAUUGAACUUGAUAGCUGCUGUUCGUAAUGAUUAUUAUAGCAACCAGCAUGGCCCCCAAGGCCUGGGACACUUGAACUCAAUUGCUUCCACCCAUGAUGCCCAUUACAUGGCCCCGCAAAGGAUGCAUGGGAUGGCACAAUUGCAUUUCAGACAAGCAAUCCCAAGUUGUUUUAAUGUUCUAGAUACAUCCCGAAAUGUGGACCAGCCCAAUGGAGGAUCCACGCAACUGCAUGGGAUGGGUGUAAACGUAAAACAACUAAAUUCAAGGCACCGGUCUCAAUAG